AGAAAUGGCGGCGGCUUUUCGGAAGGCAGCUAAGUCCCGGCAGCGGGAACACCGAGAACGAAGCCAGCCUGGCUUUCGAAAACAUCUGGGCUUGUUGGAGAAGAAGAAAGAUUACAAGCUUCGUGCAGAUGACUACCGAAAAAAGCAAGAAUACCUCAGAGCUCUCCGGAAGAAGGCUCUUGAAAAAAAUCCAGAUGAAUUCUACUAUAAAAUGACUCGGGUUAAACUCCAGGAUGGAGUUCAUAUUAUUAAGGAGACAAAGGAAGAAGCAACUCCAGAACAGCUGAAACUGAUGAGAACUCAAGACAUCAAAUAUAUAGAAAUGAAGAGAGUUGCAGAAGCUAAGAAAAUUGAAAGACUAAAAUCAGAGCUCCAUCUACUGGAUUUCCAGGGGAAGCAACAGAAUAAGCAUGUGUUCUUUUUUGAUACCAAAAAAGAAGUUGAAAACUUUGAUGUUGCAACUCACCUGCGAACAGCCCCGGAACUAGUUGAUAGAGUCUUUAAUAGACCCACAAUAGAGACUUUGAAGAAGGAAAAAGUGAAAGGAGUAACUCGUCAGACUCAAUUUAAGCGCAUUGCUAAAGAAAGGCAGAAGCAAUAUAACCACCUGAAACAGCGGAUUGAGCGAGAGAAGGAAUUGUUUGUUGUUGCACAGAAAAUUCAAACACGCAAAGAUCUUCUGGAUAAAACUCAGAAGGUGAAGGUGAAGAGUGCAACAGUAAACUCCCCUGCUAUUUAUAGAUUUCAGGGCCGUCGAAAACGUUGA